AUUUAUCAAAAGAAUUAUACGUUAUUAUAGUCAAUAAACAAAACCAUUGAGGCCUGUAAAAAUUUGUCUCACCUAGGGGUAGGGUCCUUCCUUCCCGGGAACCUUUUGCCCCCAAGCCUGUAGCAAUUCCAUUUAAUUUUUCUCCAUAAUAAACAAAUUUUGAUGUCUGAAAUUCCAUCUAAAUUCCACAAAACUAAUACAAAGAAUUUCUGGAAAAUUUUCUUCACAAGCAGGACGUCGAUGCGGCUUUAAAUAGCAGGUAUCCUAAUUAAAAACCUGAGUGACUUUGCCUCUCAAGGUAAUAUGCACGUUAUUAAUCCCAAUUUAUGUUGAGAUUAUAACAUUAAUAAAAGGGUAAUUUUCAAGAUUGAAUGUAGAGUGGCUAAUUAGAGAUUAUGCAUCCAUGUAGCAUAUAUAGCCAUGAAUGCUAUGUAUUUUUGGGUGAUCAUGUUUGUCCCUUCACCCAUACAUUUUAUGCUAAAUAGUUAAGGAAAUUGAGAAGGUGGAAAAAGAGAAUUUGAGAAAUGCCUAAUCGUGUUACGGCAAGGGCAAAAUCAUUUUCUUCCCAACCAUCUUUGGCUGAAAAACUAAUAGAUGAUCCUGUAGAUCCAAAAAAUGCUCAAGGUAGCGUUACAUGUGUUUAUCAGUCUUAUAUCGGAGGAUAUUGGCGUAACGUGACAAUCAUAUGGAGAAAGCAUUUGAUGAAUCAUUCUCUCACCAUAUCCGUCGAUAGCGUAGAAAACGGUGAUCACCAAACUUGCAAAAUUGAUCUUAAACCUUGGCAUUUUUGGGCCAAAAAAGGUUACAAAAUAUUUGAGGUAGAUGGAAAUCAAUUGGAGGCAUAUUGGGACCUAAGAUCAGCAAAAUUUUCAGGGAGUCCAGAACCAUAUAAAGAUUUCUACGUUGCCUUAGUUUCAGAGGAAGAAGUUGUCAUGUUGUUAGGUGAUUACAAGAAAAAAGCUUACAAAAGAACCAAAUCAAGACCAGCUCUAGUAGAUGCCUUGUUGUUUUACAAAAAAGAACAUGUAUUUGGGAAGAAAAGUUUCUCAACAAGGGCCAAAUUUGACAAAAACAAAAAAGAAAGUGACAUUGUCGUAGAAAGCUCAACUUCAGGGCCAAGAGAUCCUGAAAUGUGGAUAAGUAUAGAUGGGAUUGUUUUGAUUCACAUAAAGAACUUGCAGUGGAAAUUCAGGGGAAAUCAGACAGUACUAGUGAACAAGCAGCAUGUACAAGUAUUUUGGGAUGUGCAUUCUUGGUUGUUUAGUUCACCUGGUUCUAGCCAUGGACUGUUUAUUUUCAAGCCAGGGGAACUUGAGUUGGACAGUGACAAAGAGGGAAGUAGCGCCGGAGGCGACAGCGAUUGCAGCGACCAUACGAAGUAUUAUUCAACGUUGAGCCACUCUAAAGCCUCACCCUUUUGCCUUUUCUUGUGUGCGUGGAAAAUUGAGUGAUGGAAAAGAACGUAUGUGAGCAGGGGGAGGGAGAGUAUUGCUGACAGGUUCGGACGAACCAGUAACUUUUACUUACAUUAUAUUUUUGUAUUAGAAAAUUCAUUAAAAAUAUAGAAAUGUUUAAUUAUGAAUUCAGUAACAAAACGAGCUAUGAGUUCGAUAAUAAGUUUCGGAACCUAUAAAUUUUAAAUCCUGGCUCCGCUUCUUCAUGUGAGUGUAAAUGAAAGAAGCAGAGCAUAUAUGUGUGGUAUGAAAUUCAUUAGAGAUGAGUCGGUUUCAAAUUGG